UUCUCGUGCUUGUUUUUCACUAUCUGUGCUUCUCCUGUUUUAUAGAUCAGGUUGGUUGUGUAGGUGUGUUUGGUGAUCCAGGUGAAGAGAAGUCAGUGUCAGUGAUGGAGGGAGAUUCUGUUACACUACACAUUGAUGUUUCUUCCAUGGAGAUAUUAAAUGUGAUUUGGCUAUAUGGACCUCAAGAUUUUCAUAUAGUUACAAUCCCAAUAUACAGUGAUAUCGCAUUAUUUCAUGGUAAUGAUGAGAGAUUCAGAGACAGACUGCAGGUGACUGAUAAGACUGGAUCUCUCACCAUCAACAACAUCACAACUGAACUCUCUGGACUUUAUCAAACCAUGGGCGACUUUGGCGCAGAUCUCGCUACAGGGAUCUUCAUAAAAUUCCAUGUUACAGUCUAUACUCGUCUGCCUGUUCCUGUUAUCAUCAGAGACUGCUCUUCAUCAUCUUCAGUGUCAAAAUGUGUUGUGUUGUGUUCAGUGAUGAAUGUGUCACAUGUGAGUGUCUCCUGGUACAAAGGAAAGAGUUUCUUGUCCAGCAUCAGUGUGUCUGAUCUCAACAUCAGACUCUCUCUACCUCUGGAGGUGGAAUAUCAGGACAACAACACAUACAGAUGUGUCAUCAACAAUCCCAUCUCAAACCACACACAACAUCUACACAUCACUGAGAUCUGUCACACGUGUUCAGAAGCAAGUCUCACCCUCAAUUAUGCUGUUGUGAUCUGUUGUGUUGUUGGAUCUGUGAUGAUUGUAACCGCACUUCUGAUCAUCUGCAUCUGCAGGAAACACGCGACAACAGGGUAA